CGGGAAAGAUGCACUUUAUAAAAGUAAUCGUGGCUCUCAGCCUAGUUCUGGCUGUGGCCUUUGCUGAGAUUCCUCCUUUAAGUACAAAAUUAGAGGGAGAUGAAUUAGUGGCUGCUAAGAAUCUUUUGACCAUAGCACUUAGCAAACUACCUGGUACCAAGUACAAUGUCGUUAAUUGGCUUUCUGCAGAGGCUAGAUCUUAUCAUAAAUAUGUUGUGGACAUUUCCGAUGGUUCAAGUCAAAAUGAGUGCACCUUUGAGAUCUUUCAAAGUUUGCCCAUCAUUGAAAAUGGCAAUCGGAUCAAUAUGCAUUGCCAGGGAGGCUAUGAGCUUGACCAUAUUUGGUAAUUGAUCAGCUCACAAGAUAUGAAAUAUUCUCCAAUUAAUGUUGAUAUAUGAAAAAUAUCUUCUUUGAAAUGCUCAAAUAUAAGCUAACCCAAUUUCUUUUAUUCUCUUAAAGAGAUGCGUUUCUUUUAUAGAACGUACGAAAUCGUUUUUAUAUAUUUAUUUUCCCUUGAAUUCCUGAAUUCCCUUGAAUUCGCACCCUUUGUAUGCAUAUAUGUAUAAAACUUGUGUGUAUAUAUGUAUAUGCAUAUCUUACUUAUAAAGUGGUUACCUCAACGGAACUUUAAUCAGUUUACUCACGAACACUGAGCGAGUGACAUUAUUGACCUGAACGUGUUGAAUUCGUUCCACUUUUAAAACUUAUUUUUAUUACUUUUGAAUUUCACUGUUUUGGUCAUGAGUGAAGUUGAGAAUUGCCUUGGAGGAACCAAAAUGCUGGAGGGCAUGGAGAAGCAGGAGGCUUUGGAUUUACUAAAUACUUGCCUCGACCACUUGGCCAAGGGAGAUGGUCCCAGCUACAAGGUCAUUAAAGUGAUUUCUGUGACGGGUCAGCUGGUGGCUGGUGAUCUCUACAGUUUUAAACUGGAGCUGGACAAUGGAACUGAUAUAAAGCCGUGCUCCGUGAAGAUUUGGUAUCGGUGCUGGCUUAAGGAGAAUGGAAUUAAUAUUAAAAUCAAAUUUGCUGGAGAAGAUGGCGAACUAGAUCGCACUUGGUGAUCAUUCUUUCAUUAUUUUGCUAAUCUUAAAG